AUGCUAGGUAGAACGUUUUCGUCCUGCUGGAACUUCAUUCUAUGCUCAAUCACCUUCUUGGUGUACACCUUGCUGGAGUACUUCUUGCCUGGCUUGCUCACUGUGACCGGGCCUGCUCCCGGGUCGGCAUUCAGCACCUUGAACAUCUCCUCUAGAAUAUCCAGCUUGCGUCUGCUAAGACGGCCCAUUUUGGACGGCUCCGAGUGGCUCAAGUUGAAGUCUCCAACAGACUCUGCCGCCGCGAUCAUCUCCUUUGCCUGGAACCGGAACGUUCUGAUGAUACAAACGAGCAAAUCGAUGCGCUCCUCCUUGCGCAGAUGGUCUGGCUCUUUGUGA